AUGUUCGUCUCGAAGGAACAAGCUAAGAGAAGAUUACUCGCGUUAGAAAGAAGAUUCAAAAUAGAUAAAGGAUGCAAAGAAGAAUAUGUUAAAUUUAUGAACGACUAUGAGAACGAAGAACACAUGUCACUAAUUUCAGAAAAGGAAAGCCCAACGGAAGUAUGUUGGCUACCGCAUCAAGCAGUGUAUCGAACAGAUAGUUUGACUACAAAGAUCAAAGUGGUCUUUGAUGCAUCAUCGAAGACUUCCAAUGGCAAUACGUUGAAUGAUAAAUUAAGGAUCGGACCGAAUUUGCAGAAUGACUUGUUCGAUAUCCUUAUCAGAUUUAGAGCACAUCAGUUCGUUUUUAGUGCGGAUAUAGAAGCUAUGUACCGCCAAAUUCAAGUAAAGGAAGAAGAUCGCCAUCUUCAGAGAAUUUUAUGGAGAGAAGAACCGGAACAAAAUCUUAAGGCAUAUGUUUUAAACACGGUGACAUACGGAACGGCGUCAGCACCCUUUCUAGCCAUUAAAUGCCUACGAGAAUUAGCACAGCAAGAAGUAACGUCACCAGAAGCGGCAAACGUAGUAAGGAACGACUUUUAUAUGGAUGACGUGUUAUCCGGAGCGUCUACCAAAGAGGAAGCAACCAAAUUACGCGAGGAGGUAACAGAAUUACUGAAGAAGGGUCAGUUCCAUCUAAGGAAGUGGCGAACGAACAGCACUAGAAUAUUAAGCGAUAUAGGCGGAGAAGAAGAUAACGAUAGGUUUUUGAAAUUAGAAAAGAAAGGAGCUUUAAAAGUGCUCGGGAUAUUGUGGGAGGCCACAACAGACACUUCAAUAUUCUAUUGA